UCAUCAUACACUCUUGACAAAAUAUAAUAUAACUGAAGACGUAUUAUCAGCUUGUUUAAGUUUAGGAGAUAGAGGAUAUUUAUUGUCACAUAUAAAAACUGCUCAAAUUGAAUAUUCGAAAGUGAUAGAUAAAGAUCAUUGGGUUACGCAUAAACAGUUGGAAGUUAUCGCCCAAAAGUGUAGAAUUAUUUCUAUAUUGUUGGAUGAAUUUCAUUCUGAUCAUAAGCCAAUGAUCAACUUUGGCUUUAUAUGUGAAAAUCAGAAUAACAAAUACAAUAGAAACCAUGAUUAG